AAAGGUCGAGACGAACCACGCCGCGCAGAAUGGCAAUCCCGAGUCUCCGACGGCCAUCGUGAGGAGCCUAGCACCGCCCGUUUCAAACCUCUCCAUGGGCUCGCCGCUAGCGGAGAAGAUGCCGGAGCCCGGGAAACGGCCCAGCACGAAGUUGACAACUGCAGGCAAAGAAUCGGAAAGCCCGGUAUUCUACGACACAACCAGGCCGACAUGCUCACUGUAUCUCGUGUGCUACAGGUCUGGGGCCAGGGGCUGUGAUCUGCAGCAGCUCCUGUGCGCCGUGCGGACCAGGUUCCCCAGCGACGAGAGUUUGGACAUAGUCAUAUAUGCCAACCCGUAUCUUGUCCAGACCGACCACCAACUCUUCGUGGAGAUGCGGCGACUAUAUACAACCCAGAUGUGUGGCUUCCUCCGCCGGUACUUCUCCCUCAAAACUCUCCGCAGUUUUCGUCUACUUGCUUUCACGCCAACCACGCGACCCACAGAAGUGCCGCUAGACGAUUUUGUCCUCCAGGAGAUGAUGUACGCGUACCGAAACCCCGACAGGCUCUCGACUACCGAUGACUGGGUCCAUUGGGAGUUCAGGUUACGGCGCCAGGACAGGCGGCACGCGCUCGAGUUUGUCGAGGGGUGGAACACGACCCGCAUCGCCAUUUCGGGGACGAUCCCCUGGCUAGCGUCCAGUCUUGUGGGCAUCAUAUGGGCGGUGACCGGAGGAGAUACGCAGACUGCCUUUACUGUUGCCUCAUUUAUCUUGACGUCUUCUUCGAGUGAAGUCCCCAGUUAGUGAUGCCCGACGGGAUAAUCCUUGCUAACGUCGCUGUCUUCUCUAGCUAUAUUGGCGCUGCUAGCCAUCAUCAGCACCAUCGCGUCAUCAGCUGGGCCCAGCA